AUAUCAUAUCACUAUUAAACUUAUACAUUCUUACAAACUUCCCGUCACGUAUCCCAACACUAUAAUUAAGCUACGUUAUAUCGGUUCAGUGUAUACACAGUAUUCUUAAAUUCAAGUCCCUUUAACGUUAAAAAUCUUAAGCCUCGUUUACACUCAGCCGUUUCACCUGCGACUCGCGCUGCCGGAAAUAUUGCCGCGGCAGCGUUGACGCGAGUGAAUGCUGUUUACACUGAACCCUCAUACUUCUUUUACCGGGCAACUGGCAAUCAUGGCUGACGUUGAGAUUGUUGCGGCGACAGCUGUAUGUCUGCUUAGUGUUAUGAAUUACGUAAACGUUUUAAAAAUAAAUUUAAAAAAAAGACGCUAUCGCCAAAGAAGAUGGUGGAUGAAAAAAAUUCAUCAAAAUCGAACGACGUAAGUACUCACAAUAACUUCCUAUAAGUACAUCAAACACUUCGACGAUAUGAAUGAUGAAUAAUCUUACCUACCUACCUAUGUUUUUGUUACAGAAACAGCAUGAAUACUUUUUUUAUGGAGUUGACUUCCGAAGAUGGCGGCGAGUUUUCUAACUUUUGCAGAAUGUCAUCUUCUGAUUUUGAAUUGUUGUUACAAAAAAUUGGACCUAUGAUUGAAAAACAGCAAACCAGACUGCGAAUGCCCAUACCAGCAAAGAUACGUUUGGCAUUAACAUUACGAUAUUUAGCAACGGGGGAUAGUUAUAAAAGUCUCCACUACUUAUUCAAGGUUUCUACACCAGCCAUUUCGCAAAUUAUUCCUGAAGUAUGUCAAGCUAUCAACUCUGUUCUCAAGGACCAAAUUAAGUUACCACAAUCACCAGCGGAAUGGUUAUCUAUAGAAGCGGGAUUUAGGAGGAAAUUUCCUCGAUGUGUCGGAGCUAUAGAUGGGAAACAUAUUGUAAUUAAAUGUCCACCACACAGUGGCUCACAAUAUUACAACUAUAAGCAUACAUAUAGCAUCAUACUAAUGGCUCUCGUUGACAGUGAAUACCGUUUUAUUUUUGCUGAUAUUGGUGGUCAGGGGCGCAUUAGUGAUGGAGGAAUUUUUCAGACCUGUUUACUCAUGCAAAAAAUUAACACAGGCACUAUAAAUUUGCCACCAGACGCGCCCUUACCCGGAAGAGAAAUUGAUGUACCUUAUGUAUUUCUUUGUGAUGGAGCUUUUGCAAUACAUAAACAUAUAAUGAAACCCUUUCCUGGAGAUCAUCAUUUUAACACAAUGGAACGCACUUUUAAUAACAAACUUUCAAGUUCUCGUAUCAUUGUAGAAAAUGUCUUCGGUAUUUUAACAACUGUCUUUCGAAUAUUUAAAAAACCAAUCGAAAUCGAUAGAGAGAAUGUACCAACAAUAACAAUGACCUGUAUUUUAUUACAUAAUUUUUUAAUAAACAGUAGAACCUCUAGUAACAUUUACGCUCCCCAAGGAACUUUUGAUUCCGUAGCUGACGGAGUAAAUAUUGAUGGCUCUUGGAGACAAAAUCAACCCAACCCAGACAAUUCAGCCCUUAGGCCAAUACCGCGUGUACCAAGACGCGCAUCUAGAGACAUUUAUGAAAUUCGAUCUGAAUUUGCACAUUAUUUUCAUAAUUUGAAUACAGAAAAUAACUAAAUAGUAGUAUUAAGUAAGGUGUAAUAAUCAUCUGAUUAAAAUAAUGUAAUAAUACUUUUAAUAAAAAAAAAUACUA